AUGGUGACUGCCCAGCAAGACGAAAAAGCGACGGCGUUAUCUCCUCGCCAUGACGCCGAAACAGCCUUGGACGCGACGUCCACCGACAAAGAUAUAGCAAUCAACCUCGUCGGCGAACGCGCCCAAGACAUUGACUCUACGGUCGAAGCAAAAGUUCUCCGGAAGAUAGACUGGUUUCUCAUCCCCGCAAUGAUCGUUGGCUAUGGUCUAGUAUACUACGACAAAGCUAUCCUCGGUUCUGCCGCCCUCUUCGGCAUGACAACCGACCUACAUCUCACCCAAACCCUCUCCCCCGCUACAUCGACUUCCCCAGCAGUAAUCUCUACGACGCGUCUCUCAUGGGCUACCUCGUUAUUUUACUUCGGCAUGCUCGCAGGGCUUUACCCACUUACUUUUGCUUUGCAACGCUUCAACCUUGGCCGCAUACUCGGCGCCGUCGUCUUACUCUGGAGUCUGAUCUGCAUGUUGACAGCCGCUGUUACGGACUACAGAGGAUUGUAUGUCCAACGUUUCUUCCUCGGUUUCGUGGAAAGUAUCAUACCAACGGGCUUCAUGACAAUAGUAAGCAGCUACUACACGCAGCGCGAACAAUCCGUGCGACAAAGCUGGUGGUUCAGCAGCACAGGUCUCUUCACCAUCAUCGGCGGCGCGCUGAACUACGGGUUUGCACAAAUCAUAUCCGGUGCGUUGAGACGCUGGCAGUACAUCUACCUCCUCGCCGGCUGUCUGACCUUCCUCUUCGGAUGCUUCUGCUUCUUUGUCCCAAACUCAUGCGCCGAAGCCUGGUUCCUUACGAAGAGCGAACGCGUUGUUGCUGUUGAGCGACUGAGGAAGGGUGCGACAGGUGUGCGGUGCCAGAAGAUUAAGAUGUAUCAACUCAGGGAGUGCGUCACGGAUGUGAAGUUCUACCUCGUCUUCCUGCUCAUGGGGUCAGCGUACACCGUCAACGGUGCGGUAUCUGGUUUCGGGCCGCUUAUCGUAAACACAUUCGGCUGGUCACCUCUCGCAUCCAUACUCUGGCAAUUUCCCCUCGGAUUUAUUUGUCUUGUUACCAUUCUCCUCUGCGGCUGGUUGUCCUCGCGCAUACCCAACAUCCGAAUCAUUCUUCUCAUCGUAAACUGCCUCCCCGUCAUCGCAGGCUGCGCCAUGAUCUGGAAGUCGGAGUGGACGUAUCAUGCGCCCACGCCUGUCGCGGGCUACAGCAUCAUCGGCACUUUUGGCGCAGUAGUCAGCCAGACAAUCGUCAUAGCCAUGUCCAACGUCAGUGGCGCAACGAAGAAGAGCGCCAUGGCCGGCACGGUCUUCGUAGCAUACUGCGUUGGCAACAUCGUCGGUCCACUGCUUAUCAGGAGCCAAGAGAAGGGUGCACAUUAUCCUAGGUUGUGGACGGGUCUAAUCAUCUGUUACUGUAUCACGAUCACGUCCGCGAUGGCGCUAUAUGCCGUGUUGCAGAGGGAGAACAAGAGGAGAGAGACGAUGAGUGUGGAUGAGGAAGAAAGGGAUAAGAUGGCGUUUAUGGAUUUGACGGAUGGCGAAAAUAUGUAUUUUAGAUAUGUGUUGUAG